AUGGCUUUGCGUGGUGAUCAAGAGCUUGAGUUUAACCUCAACCUAAGAGAAUGGACUCGAAAAGGCCAUCUAACUUGCGAAAAUCGAAUUUCUAGAAGGUUCUCUGCCUCAUGUGUCCGAAGCUCCAGAGAGGAUCACAAGUCUUGUACUACAAACGUCUUCACCAUCUCUAGUACUCCUUCUUCUCCUUGCCACUCCCUCAAAGAUGAGAUUGACCCAUCAAAUUAUUCAUUCACUAGUGCACUCAAGGCAUUGCAAGCAGACACUAAAACGUACAAGAAGAAUAUGGAUUGGUUGAAAGCAGAAGGAGUUGAGUUAAACUCGAAAUGGAACGAAGCAGAGAAGUAUAUUUGCAACCCUUUGUCUGGUGAAGUUCCUAUGGAGUGUUUGUCUUCUAGAACCCUAAAUUCAAGAUCUUACAGAAGCAGCUUAUUCACCACGAAUGCUCCACUCACGAUUUUACCUUGUAAUCAUAACGUUAGAAUCAUUCACGAGGAUCCUAGAUCUCCAUAUCCUGUUCUUGUUCAAGCAGAAAGGAAAGUUGCGGGGUCGAAACGAGACGUGGGUGUGCAGAGUGCACCAGCGACGAGGUCGUCGAUCAUGGAGAGAUCAAAGAAAACACAGGUGGAAGAUGUUGCUUCGCCGGUUCAGUAUGCACUCAAGUUGAAAGCUCAGCAACAGGAUGUGAAGUUAGAAGAAAAGGAGCAAAAUAUGAUAAGAAGAGAGAAUGAAGAAGACAGUAAAGAAGAGAAGGAGACGAGAAAGAAAAGAGCAAGUGGUUGUUUCUCAUGGAUGAGGAAAUUGCAUCAUAGACAACCAAGAAAAUCCAAAUGCAUCUUUCUCAUUCGUCUUCCUCAUCUUAUCAAUACUACUGCUUGUUCAUCAGCUACAAUCCCAUUAUAGUAAGUAAACCAAAGAAGAAAAAAGAGCAUCAUUGG